AUGGCAAAGUUGCCGAAGCCCCCGAAGGCGUUCCCUGUAAAGCACACGAUACCGUCGAAGCCCGCGAUACCACAACACAUACGAAUACAACGAGCGCAACACGAUAACGAAGUACCGCUAUAUGCUCCAAGGAACCAAACACCCGAACAAGCACUGAAGAGAGUGCUGGCAGCACGUCCGCGGCUCUCAGAUCUACAGCGGCUUUCAGACGAGGAACUGAAGUCGGCGCAACACCAGGCAAAGCUGCGGAGAGCGAGACAAUGGCCAAUGUUCGGUAUUGGGUUGAUCGCAUUUGGAUUGGGCACAUACGGAACCAUGCUCUACGCUUCGUUGACGCAGGAAACGGAUCUGGGCAACUUACCUGAAGACCUGUCCGAUCGAUUCGACAAAGAGGCCGAGGGCUAUGACGAGAAAGUGGACACGUCUGAGAUGCUGCUCUUGUUGACUUCUAAGCGCAAGAAGCUUACUGCCAUGGCCAAGGGACAUGUGCUAGAGGUGGCCGUUGGUACGGGCAGGAACAUACCAUACUACAAGACCAAGCAAUGUGCGACAGUGACGCUGCUCGACUCGAGCGGGCCCAUGCUGGCUGUUGCAAGGCGGAAGUGGAACGACACGCACAAGGAGUACUUUAGCCGUGUCUUCUUCAAGCAGCAAUCUGCCUUAGAUCCGAUUACGCCCCCAUUUGAUGCCCAGAUUGGCUACGAUACGGUGAUACAGACAAUGGGACUCUGCUCCACGCCCGAGCCCGUGAAGCUGCUCCAGAAUCUCGAGUCGUGCACCAAUGAGAAUGGACAGAUCUUGCUUCUAGAGCACGGCAAGUCGCAUUACAAGUGGCUCAACAACAUACUGGACAAGUCAGCUCCAGCCCACGCGGACGAACAUGGUUGCUGGUGGAACAAAGACAUCGGCAAGAUUGUCGAAGAGAGCGGGCUGGAAGUUGUCGACAUAAAGCGCUAUAACUUCGGCACGACAUGGUGGUUACAGUUGAGGCCCAGGAAAGGCAUGCGGCAGAGAUUGGCCGAGACCACCGCAGUCGAGCAGCCGCUUGCUGCACAAGCCGGAUCCCCGGUAACACAAAAGUCCUGGUGGUCACUGUGGAGAUGA